UCUUAACACGUUAGUGCACUGAGCUCUGAAACUUAUCUAGAAUUAAAUCUACAAACAUAGCAAGAUGCAGUUUUUGCGAUAUCAGAUUCUCUGGUAUGUGUUUUUGACUGCACUGAUGUUGGCCACUCAAAAUGUAAUGAGCCGAAAAAAUAAAUGUGACAAGAAAUGCCUCGAUAUUCUCUGUGAAACUCAAAGUAAUCCGCCACCCAAUACUAGAGUGGAAAUACACACCGGUUAUUGUAAGGCAAGAUAUGUUUGCCGAAAAGGAACUGACAUAAGAACUUGCAGGAAAGGGCAGUGGAUUGGAAGCAAAGCGCUCAAGUGUCCAGCAUAUUGCGGUAAACCCGCGAACAUUCCACACGCCACAUUCUCUGGUUCCCGUUUCAGCUUCAACAGUAUAUUAAAGUACAGAUGUGAUCAAGGCUAUGUGCUCAAAGGACCAAAAAGAAGGAAAUGCAGAAAAAACGGACAGUGGUCUCAGGCUCCUACAUGUUCACCAAAUUAUACAACCUGUGGUGUAAGUCCUGUUGAUCUGAGGGCGAAAAUGGUCGGUGGCGAGAAUUCGAGAAGAGGCUGGUGGCCCUGGCAGAUUGGACUUCGUAAGAUUAACUCAAAAGCGGAACUUGUGCUUAUCUGUGGUGGCGCACUGAUUUCUCGUCGCUGGGUUCUGACAGCUGCACAAUGUUUUUACCACAGAGGUCUUCAUGGGGCUCGUGUUCUCGACGAUUUGUCCAAUAAGUAA